CAUUAAAUCUCUUUCUGCUUGCAGGUAUCAUUAUUAGGAUUGGAGAUUUUAAGUGCCUUUGUGGAUAGAUUGUCAACACGAUUUAAAUCUUAUGUAGCAAUGGUUACCACGGCUUUAAUAGACAGGAUGGGAGAUGCCAAAGAAAAAGUUCGAGAUGAAGCUCAGAACCUGGCACUGAAGCUGAUGGAUGAGGUGGCACCACCUAUGUACAUCUGGGAGCAUCUGGCCUCUGGUUUCAAGCACAAGAACUUUCGAUCUCGAGAGGGUGUGUGCCUGUGUCUGAUUGAAACCUUGAACAUCUUUGGAACUCAACCCCUGGUCAUCAGCAAGUUGGUGCCACAUUUGUGUAUCUUAUUUGGAGAUUCUAAUAGUCAGGUGAGAAAUGCUGCAAUAUCGGCUGUAGUCGAGAUUUAUAGACAUGUAGGAGAGAAGCUGAGGUUUGAUCUGUCUAAGAGAGACAUUCCUCCAGCUAGAUUAGAAAUGAUACUUGCCAAAUUUGAUGAAGUACAAAAUUCGGGCGGUAUGGUUUUGAGUAUCUGCAAAGGGGAUGAUUUCCUCAGAGGACAUGUCAAAGAUAGUGGAUACAGAGAUUCGGAACUCAGAGAUAAAAGCUUUGAUGAUGAGGAGUCAGUGGAUGGAAACAGGCCGUCAUCAGCUGCUUCAGCCUUCAAGGUUCCUGCACCUAAAACAUGUGGGAAUCCUGUCAGCAGUGGGAGGAAGCCUGGGUCAGCAGGUGGCCCUAAGGUCGGAGGUGCUUCUAAAGAAGGAGGGGCUGGAGCGGUUGAUGAGGAUGACUUUAUAAAAGCUUUUACAGAUGUUCCUUCUGUUCAGAUCUAUUCUAGUCGAGAACUUGAAGAAACGUUAAAUAAGAUCAGGGAAAUUUUGUCAGAUGACAAACAUGACUGGGACCAGCGUGCCAAUGCACUUAAGAAAAUCAGGUCAUUGCUUGUGGCUGGGGCUGCCCAGUAUGAUUGCUUUUUCCAGCAUUUACGUUUGUUGGAUGGAGCACUUAAGCUGUCUGCUAAGGAUCUCAGAUCCCAGGUGGUCAGAGAAGCUUGCAUCACUGUUGCCCACCUUUCGACAGUUUUGGGAAACAAGUUUGAUCAUGGCGCUGAAGCCAUUGUACCUACACUUUUUAAUCUUGUCCCCAAUAGUGCAAAAGUAAUGGCAACUUCUGGAUGUGCAGCAAUCAGAUUUAUUAUUCGGCAUACCCAUGUACCCAGACUUAUACCUUUAAUAACAAGCAACUGCACAUCAAAAUCAGUUCCUGUGAGGAGGCGUUCAUUUGAAUUUUUAGAUCUGUUGCUGCAAGAGUGGCAAACUCAUUCAUUGGAAAGACAUGCAGCCGUCUUGGUUGAAACUAUUAAGAAGGGAAUUCAUGAUGCUGAUGCUGAGGCCAGAGUGGAAGCAAGAAAGACAUACAUGGGUCUUAGAAACCACUUUCCUGGUGAAGCUGAAACAUUGUAUAAUUCCCUUGAGCCAUCAUAUCAGAAAAGUCUUCAGACUUACUUAAAGAGUUCUGGCAGUGUAGCAUCUCUUCCACAGUCAGACCGGUCCUCAUCUAGCUCACAAGAAAGUCUCAAUCGUCCUUUUUCUUCUAAGUGGUCUACAGCGAAUCCAUCAACUGUGGCCGGAAGAGUAUCAGUGGGAGGCAGCAAAGCCAGCUCCCUUCCAGGAAGCCUGCAGCGGUCUCGAAGCGACAUCGAUGUGAAUGCUGCAGCUGGUGCCAAAGCGCAUCACGCUGCUGGGCAGGCCGUCCCAAGUGCGAGGCUAGGGGCGGGCGCCCUGAACCCAGGUUCUUAUGCAUCGCUUGGUCGGGUGAGAGCCAAGCUUUCUGCACCACUUGCUACCAUGGGAAGUGCCAAGACUGAUUCUAGAGGAAGAAGCCGGACAAAAAUGGUGUCUCAGUCCCAGCCUGGCAGCCGAUCUGGGUCUCCAGGAAGAGUUCUAACCACAACAGCCCUCUCUACUGUGAGCUCUGGUGCCCAACGAGUCCUGGUCAAUUCAGCUUCAGCCCAGAAGAGAAGCAAGAUACCAAGGAGCCAGGGCUGCAGCAGAGAGGCCAGCCCAUCUAGGCUUUCAGUGGCCCGGAGCAGUCGUAUUCCUCGACCGAGUGUGAGUCAAGGCUGUAGCAGGGAAGCUAGUCGAGAGAGCAGCAGGGACACGAGCCCGGUCCGCUCUUUUCAGCCCCUUGGUCCGGGAUAUGGGAUCAGCCAGUCAAGCCGGUUGUCAUCCUCUGUCAGUGCCAUGCGAGUUCUAAACACAGGCUCAGAUGUGGAGGAAGCCGUAGCUGAUGCCUUGAAAAAACCUGCUCGAAGAAGAUAUGAAUCAUACGGAAUGCACUCAGAUGAUGAUGCCAACAGCGAUGCUUCUAGUGCAUGUUCAGAACGCUCCUAUAGUUCUCGAAAUGGUAGUAUUCCUACCUACAUGAGACAGACAGAAGACGUAGCAGAAGUCCUCAACAGAUGUGCUAGCUCCAAUUGGUCAGAAAGGAAAGAAGGCCUCUUGGGUCUGCAGAACUUGUUAAAAAAUCAGAGAACGCUAAGUCGAGUGGAACUGAAAAGGUUAUGUGAAAUUUUCACAAGAAUGUUUGCUGAUCCUCAUGGCAAGAGAGUGUUCAGCAUGUUUUUGGAGACUCUAGUAGAUUUCAUACAAGUCCACAAAGAUGAUCUUCAAGAUUGGUUGUUUGUGCUGCUCACACAGCUGCUGAAAAAAAUGGGUGCUGAUUUGCUUGGUUCUGUUCAGGCAAAAGUUCAGAAAGCCCUUGAUGUUACAAGAGAAUCUUUUCCAAAUGAUCUUCAAUUUAACAUCCUCAUGAGAUUUACAGUUGACCAGACCCAAACGCCAAGCUUGAAGACAGUCAAGCCAGCACUCCGGGACCAGCUUCACUCUUUUUGGAGCUCAAAGGUGAAGGUUGCUAUCCUUAAGUACAUAGAAACUCUGGCCAAACAGAUGGAUCCAGGAGAUUUUAUAAAUUCCAGUGAAACUCGACUGGCAGUGUCUCGGGUCAUCACUUGGACGACGGAGCCCAAAAGCUCUGAUGUUCGAAAGGCAGCACAGUCAGUGCUGAUUUCUUUAUUUGAACUCAAUACCCCGGAGUUUACAAUGUUACUAGGAGCUUUACCAAAAACUUUCCAAGAUGGUGCUACUAAACUUCUUCACAAUCACCUUCGAAAUACUGGCAAUGGGACCCAGAGUUCCAUGGGGAGUCCUUUGACAAGACCAACACCUCGAUCACCAGCUAACUGGUCCAGUCCUCUUACUUCUCCUACCAACACAUCACAGAAUACAUUAUCUCCAAGUGCGUUUGAUUACGACACAGAAAACAUGAAUUCUGAAGACAUUUACAGCUCCCUUAAAGGUGUCACUGAGGCAAUCCAGAAUUUCAGCUUCAGAAGCCAAGAAGACAUGAGCGAACCGCUGAAGAGAGAGCCUAAAAAAGAGGAUGGUGACAUGAUGUGUGGUCCUGGGAUGUCAGACCCACGAGCAGGAGGUGAUGCUACUGACUCCAGCCAGACAGCUCUUGAUAAUAAAGCAUCUUUGCUCCAUUCAAUGCCACUUCACUCCUCUUCACGAUCUCGUGACUAUAAUCCAUAUAACUAUUCUGACAGCAUCAGUCCCUUCAACAAGUCUGCCCUCAAGGAAGCCAUGUUUGAUGAUGACGCUGACCAGUUUCCUGAUGAUCUCUCCUUAGACCAUUCCGACCUAGUUGCCGAGCUGUUGAAGGAGCUGUCUAACCAUAAUGAACGUAUGGAAGAAAGAAAAAUUGCCCUCUAUGAACUCAUGAAGCUAACCCAGGAAGAAUCUUUCAGUGUUUGGGAUGAACACUUCAAAACAAUAUUAUUGUUACUGCUUGAGACCCUUGGGGAUAAAGAGCCUACAAUCAGGGCUUUGGCUUUAAAAGUUUUAAAAGAAAUCUUAAGGCAUCAACCGGCAAGAUUCAAAAACUAUGCAGAGCUGACUGUCAUGAAAACAUUGGAAGCACAUAAAGACCCUCAUAAAGAGGUGGUGAGGUCUGCUGAGGAAGCUGCCUCUGUGUUGGCUACUUCAAUUAGUCCAGAACAGUGCAUCAAAGUGCUUUGUCCAAUCAUACAAACUGCUGACUACCCAAUUAAUCUGGCUGCAAUCAAAAUGCAAACAAAAGUGAUAGAGAGAGUAUCUAAGGAAACCCUUAAUGUGCUCUUACCGGAGAUCAUGCCAGGUCUAAUCCAGGGCUACGAUAAUUCAGAAAGCAGUGUCCGGAAAGCUUGUGUCUUCUGCCUGGUAGCUGUUCAUGCAGUGAUUGGUGAUGAACUCAAGCCACACCUCAGUCAACUCACUGGCAGUAAAAUGAAGCUGCUGAACCUUUACAUCAAACGUGCACAGACAGGCUCUGCAGGAGCUGAUCCCACUACUGAUGUUUCUGGACAAAGUUAGUGCUGCAGGUCUCGGAAAAGACAACUGCCCGCCCUCCUCGAAGAAAGGAAACUCUCAAGUACAGCUUUUGGACUAAGCUACCGUUUCCCAGUUCUAUCUAGUUUUCUGUUUUGUUCUGUUCUGUAUUUUCUGUGACAGAGGGUGUCCUCAGUCUGCAUGUAACUUUAUGAUAGUUAUUCCAAAUUCAGGAAAAGCAGUAUUAACGUCAGUUGAUCAGUACAAAGGAAUUUUUUAAUCCAAUUCACCAUUUCACGUUUUUACUUCUUUGUCUUCCCAUUAACCUUUGCCAGUGUUAUGAUUGUAUAAAUUUUUUAAAAUGCUGGUUAAACAGGAAUGCUUCAGGCUUUAAAAGUUUAACAGGACUAAACUUUUUUUUUUGCCUUUAUUCAACUGCAGAAGAAUAUUUUUAUUGCUUCUUUGAGUUUUGUUCCGUAUCAUGUCCUAUGCUAGAGAUGCUGACAAUGAUGUGAGACACAGCAGGGCUACUUGGAACUCCUGCCAGGCUCUGUCGAUGUGGCUGUGGUACACGUCAUUAACUGCAACUUCUUUGGGAUGACCUCAAAGAGAAAUGUCAUAGAAUCAGCCAGUUCUGAAAGACUGAUGGUGUCUGUUGGUUCUUGAUGUUGCCACCUUUAUUUAAAGCCGUGCCCCUUCUCUGACCCCGUAAGAAAGCUGCACCAAAUCACCUGCCUGGGUUUCCAUGGAAAUUACUAAAAUGGAAGGUUUUGUUGCAGAGCUUUUUGGUUUAUCUUUGUUGUGAAUGAUGCUUUUUGUUGUAUUUAUUAAUAUCGAAUUCACUUAUGCAUAGACUUGAUAAUGGAAACAGAUGAAAAAAUCAAGUGCAUGUGUGUCUUUGACUGUCUUCUGUUUCUCAAUUGAUAAACUAAUUAUUGACAUGGGAGUCAACCAGGACCUGUUUGAUGAGUGGUGGAACCUGGUUUCCUUUGACCAUGAAAUUGUCUUACGAAAGAAAACCCUGGUCCUGAUGAGAGAGAAGAUGGUGCCGAGGCUCGUGUCAGUGGGCUCACACUUUCUACCUCUUCAGGGCUGACACUUUACCAAACCGCUGCCUGCAGGGUUUUGGAAAACUACUUUAAGGUGAUGUUUUGUUACCUUCUAAUUUUUUUUUUUUAAUCACCUCUGCUAAAGCUAUUAUUUUUAUGUGCAGCCAACUUUCAAAUAUUACCAGUUUGGGUAAAACACCAAAUUAGGUAAUUUGGAACCAGGAUACCAUUUAUUUCUCAUCUUGACCUUUUUUUUUUUUUCUUUUUUUUAAUCCUAACAUAAGGUGAAUUUGACUGGAAAGCAAAUGGCUGUUAAGGAAGCAAUUUGCUAUUGUUACAGAGUUAUCUAUACUUUGUUCAACUGAAAACAAUGUAGAAAUGUAUGUAAAGAACUUAAGCCAAGAGAACUGGAUGGAUGGUUGGUUGUAGGCUUUUCCCUUCCUUUGUUUUUAUUCUGUUCUAGCAGCAACAAAAAGGAUAUUGCUCCAUAUUCUCUACCCUACUGUAACAGUUUUGUUUUUUACUGUUAAUGACAUUGUGUAUUUAUAGUUCUAUGCUUACUGUUGUGCAUAUACUGGCAAUAAAACUGUACAUAACAUUACUUGAAAACCUUAA